GCUCUACCGACCUCCAAAUCGCUCAAAUUCCGGUCGUCGAAAAAUGGAGGUACUACUUGAUUAUCUAGAAGAGGAUUCCAGGAACGUGUUCAUUGACCUAACCCCUCAAUCACUGUCAUCUUCUCCUGAGACAUGCCUGGCAAGCGAUUUACCGGGAUUUGUGAGGCCAAUCUCAACUGCUAUAGGUGAGGAUAGGUAUGAACAACUUUUACUACAAGGGGCAUUGACCCUACCAAGCUUUCCACUUCAACAAGCCCUACUACAAACAUUCUUCGAAUGUGUUUUGCCUACUAUGCCAAUCAUAAACUGGCAGACGUUUAUCAAUAGUGUGAGCAAUAAAGAAGGUAGUCAAGGCAAGGUCAGCUUGCUCCUGUUCCAAGCUAUCAUGUUUUCGGCAACCACGUUUGUCGAUCUUGACGACCUUCAAAAGGCUGGCUACUCGAGCCGUGAGGAAGCUCAUGAAGCUUUCUUCCAAAGAGCACAUCUUUUGUACCAAUCGCAUUACGAAUCGGAUCCACUCACAACUCUUCAAGCCCUGCUUCUCAUGACACACCGAGCCAAAGCCACGGACGGGAAAGAUAGCCGAUAUUGGAUUGAGGUUGCCAUUUCGCUGGCGCUAAUGAUGGGGCUCUUUCGAGACCUUCCCACUGGUUAUGGUAGACACUACAAUCAGAAGCUUCACAGAAGAGUUGCCUGGACGUGUUAUAUGGCGGACUCCUUGAUCGCCCUUAGGCUAAGAUGCCUGCCGUUGAUUCGGAGUGUUGAUUUCAACGUUUCCCUCUUAACUGAAGAUGACUUUGAUGUUGGUCACAUAAGCAUGGACAGCCAACUCUUGCUUCCUUGGUGCACAUUUAUUCGUUGUGUCCAAGUUCAAAAAUAUCUGGCCGAUAUCUGCGUUUCUCAAACACAGUUAUGCUUGUGCAUCAGAAGAGUGCUGAACGUGCAGGCCAGGCGCAACUCUGCGGAAAUAUCCUCCGAUGCCAUCGCCACACCACCAGAGUCUCCGAACAAGCACCACUCAGACUACCUCAGCAGUAUUUGGAUGUGUCAAAAGGCAUUAACCGACUGGGAAUAUUCCUUAUCACCCAUAUCUCAACGUCCGCCCACAGUGUUUGGGAUCGACAGCCACGAAAGCCCGCUAGUUACGCUCCACCGCAACGUCUUGCACAUGAUCUAUCAGGGAGUGGUUUGCGUGCUGUAUCAGUCGCAAAUAUUCCAAUCGUCGACGUCCCGCAUGCAGCAUGCUGCUAGGCAGAUCACCGAGAUCGCCACCGAAUUAGAUGACAUGAACCUUCUGCAUUCGCUCCCGAUUAUUGGUUCUACAACUAUUCUGAUUGCGAUGAUAAUCCACCUGGCAGAGGUUCAGGCCUCUUCCCCGGUAAAGCAACGGGUAACCAUGACAGACAUUGAAUCAUGCAUUGAAGUAAUGAAGAGGCUGCAAGAUGUCCAUUCAUCUAUGAACACUGUCACCCAUCUUAUAUUAGCAGCGCUCAAGAAGUGCUCUCCGGAAUGAUAUCGACGCAACGAGGACUUGGCUGAAACAAUCGAAUGCCGACAUACGGUCACAGACACGGGGUCAACCUGCUGCCCUGGCACUCGUGGAUCUUGGCCAUUAGGUUAUUCAAGAUAUCAUUCCGGGGAUUAUAU